GAGGGACCUGGCGGGAAUCUUCCCCUUUCAGGCGGCGCGCUGGGCUUCGGGUUGGGGUGGACGAAGCAGGACGUGAGGAUCUCCAGCAACAUGUCUGGCAGUUGGGGCGCUCUGGCGCGUGGGGAGGACUUACCCUCCUGGCCAACGUGGGACAGUGGUCAGAUGACUCGCUUCGUCCUUGGCGUCCCCAACAAUGUGGACGUCAUGCCUAGGGAGAGCAUGAGAGCGGACCACCACUGCGACUUUUUCGACGACCUGAACCGCAAGCUGAUCAAGGACGUCAGCUGA